UAACUGUUUUUUCUGGGUUUUGUUUAUUUAUGAUAUUUUAAUUAAUUUUUAAAGUUUUACCAUCUCUUUACGUAUACAACAUAUACUACUAUUAAUAACAAUCUGCUCAUUUCAAAGUACAAAGUUCAUAUCACCUAAAAAAUAAUCAAAGUCUACAACAAGGUAUAAACAAGGUCUACAAUUACAGUUUCACAAAGUAAGCGUUAAUCGUUUCCAAAGCAAAUCGUUAAACAGAUCAAAAUGUUUCGCCCUGUCACAGUUUCUCUGCUGAAAUACAACAGGAUAAAUUUUCAAAAAAUUGCUCUACAACAAUGUUUUGCAACAGCAGCUGAACCGAAAGUUAUUCAGAAAACAGAAAAGUCUGCAGAAAAACCAACUGAACACAAUUUUUCUUUUACAAUGAAUAUGUUUCGAGGGCAACUUGAAAGCAAGGAAGCAUUCCCAUUUCCAGAUGUAUUAACAGAGGAGCAAAGAGAGACAUUGCAUAUGCUGAUGGACCCUGUGGAAAGAUAUUUUGAAGAAGUUAAUGAUCCAUUUAAAAAUGAUGCAGAGGAGAAGGUGCCAGAUAAUGUAGUUAAAGGUUUUUGGGAACUUGGAGUCUUUGGACUUCAAGCACCUAUUGAACUAGGUGGUUUAGGUUUAAACAAUACACAGUAUGCCAGAUUUGGUGAAGUAGUCGGGAAAUAUGAUUUAGGUGUUGGUAUCUUCCUUGGGGCACAUCAAUCAAUUGGAUGGAAGGGGAUAUUGUUGUAUGGCACUCCAGAACAAAAAGAAAAAUACUUAACUAGAGUAACUUCUAAAGAUAUAGCUGCAUUUUGUCUUACAGAACCCUCAUCUGGUUCUGAUGCAGGAUCUAUUAAGACACGUGCCACUCUUUCCCCAGAUGGAAAGCAUUAUAUUUUAAAUGGAUCUAAAAUUUGGAUUAGUAAUGGUGGAAUUGCAGAAAUAAUGACAGUAUUUGCUCAAACUCCGAUACAGGAUCCUAAAACUGGACAGACUGUAGACAAAGUGACUGCUUUUAUUGUAGAGAGGUCUUUUGGUGGUGUUACUAGUGGACCUCCAGAAAGAAAAAUGGGAAUUAAAUGCUCCAACACUGCUGAGGUUUACUUUGAUAAUGUGCCAGUGCCAGUUGAAAAUGUUUUGGGUGGUGUUGGGAAUGGUUUUAAAGUAGCUAUGAACAUCUUAAACAACGGCCGCUUUGGCAUGGCUGCAACUCUAGCAGGAACAAUGAAAACGUGUAUGAAAAAAGCUGUGGAAUUUGCUACAAACAGAGUUCAGUUUGGAAAAAAAAUUGAUUCUUUUGGUGCAAUACAAGAAAAAAUUGCUAGGAUGGCCUUACUCCAAUAUGUCACUGAAUCAGUAGCUUAUUUAAUUGCUGGAAACAUGGAUUCUGGUUCUAAGCAUUAUCACUUAGAAGCAGCAAUCUCAAAGUGUUUUGCUUCAGAAGCUGCUUGGAAUGUGUGUGAUGAAUCAAUUCAAAUUAUGGGUGGAAUGGGGUAUAUGAAAGACACUGGUUUGGAACGUAUCAUGAGAGACUUAAGAAUCUUUAGAAUAUUUGAAGGAACUAACGAUAUUCUUAGGCUUUUUGUAGCAUUGACAGGAAUACAAUAUGCUGGAGCCCACUUAAAAGAACUACAGAAUGCUUUUAAGAACCCCACAGCUAAUUUAGGUCUUAUUUUUGGAGAAGCCUCAAAAAGGGUAGUAAGAACUGUUGGUUUAAGCUCUCCACCAUCCAUGGACCAUUUAGUACAUAAAGAUUUAAUUUCAUCUGCGUCAGUUAUUGCCAAAAAUUUGGACUUAUUUGGACAAACUGUAGAGUCGACGUUAAUUAAAUACGGAAAAGGGAUCGUAAAUGAGCAAUUUAUUUUAAAUAGGCUUGCCAAUGCUGCUAUUGAUAUUUAUACAAGUACUGCGGCUAUCUCCAGAGCUUCUUAUUCAGCUAGUAAGAAUUUGGAAAGUGCUGAUUUUGAAAAACUUUUAGCCCAAACGUGGAUUUUUGAAGCAAAUGAACGAGCUGCGUCAAAUUUGAAGGCUGUAAGUUCAGGAAAACACUUGGAUUAUUUUUCAAAACUGAGUCAGAUUUCGAAAAAGAUUUGUGAAAAUCAGGGAGUCGUCCAGAAAAAUCCAACUGAUGCAUUAUAGUAAUGUAGAUAGUAUUUUACCAAUUUUUAUAAAAUACUUAUUUAAAAAUAGGAGUAAAUUUCUCAUUUUUUUGUAUGGGGAAAACUCACUUAAUGUAUACAUCAACUGAUAACUGUAAUUUCUCUGAGGUAUUGUAUAAUGCGAAUGUUACCUAUUUUUAAAGAAAUAUUAUAAUGUUAUUAGGGAAGAACUAAGUAUUUAUAUUUUCUUUAAAAUAUUUUUAAUAUUUAUUUGAGCUAUACUGAUUUGCACAAACAUGUUUCAAAUAUUAUUUUUAAUAAAUAUAUAGAUAAAA